UCCUCGGCCCCAGGGCGGGAGCCAGUCUCCGGAGCGGCGGUUCCGCCCACGCUCGGCCCAGCCGCUAGCGGCCUCCCUCCGCGGGAGCAGGUGUGUGUGGAGGCCAGCAUGAAGCUGAAAAAGCAGGUGACAGUAUGUGGGGCCGCUAUCUUCUGUGUGGCUGUCUUCUCGCUGUACCUCAUGCUGGACCGAGUGCAGCAUGAUCCCACCCGUCACCAGAAUGGCGGGAACUUCCCCCGGAGCCAAAUUUCUGUGCUCCAGAACCGCAUUGAGCAGCUGGAGCAGCUGUUGGAGGAGAACCAUGAGAUCAUCAGCCACAUCAAGGACUCGGUGCUGGAGCUGACAGCCAAUGCGGAGGGCCCGCCCGCCCUGCUGCCCUACUACACGGCCAAUGGCUCCUGGGUGGUGCCCCCCGAGCCCCGGCCCAGCUUCUUCUCCAUCUCCCCACAAGACUGCCAGUUUGCUUUGGGGGGCCGGGGCCAGAAGCCAGAGCUGCAGAUGCUGACUAUAUCAGAGGAGUUGCCCUUUGACAAUGUGGAUGGCGGCGUGUGGAAGCAAGGCUUUGACAUCUCCUACAGCCCGCACGACUGGGACGCUGAAGACCUGCAGGUGUUCGUGGUGCCUCACUCCCACAAUGACCCAGGCUGGAUCAAGACCUUUGACAAGUACUACACGGAGCAAACCCAGCACAUCCUCAACAGCAUGGUGUCCAAGCUGCAGGAGGACCCCCGGCGGCGCUUCCUCUGGGCAGAAGUUUCCUUCUUUGCCAAGUGGUGGGACAACAUCAAUGCCCAAAAGAAAGCAGCAGUCCGCAGGCUGGUGGGAAACGGGCAGCUGGAGAUUGUGACAGGAGGCUGGGUGAUGCCGGACGAGGCCAACUCCCAUUACUUUGCGCUCAUUGACCAGCUCAUUGAGGGACACCAGUGGCUGGAGAGAAACCUCGGUACGACCCCGCGCUCUGGCUGGGCAGUGGACCCCUUUGGACAUAGCUCCACCAUUCCUUACCUGCUGCGCCGUGCCAACCUGACCAGCAUGCUGAUCCAGAGGGUGCAUUAUGCCAUCAAAAAGCACUUUGCUUCCACCCAUAGUCUGGAAUUCAUGUGGAGGCAGACCUGGGACUCGGACUCCAACACAGACAUCUUCUGCCACAUGAUGCCCUUCUAUAGCUAUGAUGUGCCCCACACCUGUGGCCCGGAUCCCAAGAUCUGCUGCCAGUUUGAUUUCAAACGCUUGCCGGGUGGACGCAUCAACUGCCCCUGGAAGGUGCCACCCCGGGCGGUCACAGAGGCAAACGUGGCCGAGAGGGCCACGCUGCUCCUGGACCAGUACCGGAAGAAGUCCCGGCUGUUCCGAAGCAAUGUCCUCCUGGUGCCGCUGGGGGACGACUUCCGAUACGACAAGCCCCAGGAGUGGGAUGCCCAGUUCUUCAACUACCAGCGGCUCUUUGACUUCCUCAACAGCAAGCCUGACCUCCAUGUGCAGGCCCAGUUUGGCACCCUCUCUGACUAUUUUGACGCUCUGUACAAGAAGACCGGGGUGGAGCCAGGGGCCCGGCCUCCAGGGUUCCCUGUGCUGAGCGGGGAUUUCUUCUCCUAUGCGGACCGGGAGGACCAUUACUGGACCGGCUAUUACACUUCCCGUCCCUUCUACAAGAGCUUGGACCGGGUCCUGGAAGCCCACCUGCGGGGGGCAGAGAUACUGUACAGCCUUGCUGUAGCUCACGCCCGCCGCUCUGGACUGGCUAGCCAGUACCCGCUCUCGAACUUCGCCCUUCUGACGGAAGCUCGGCGCACUCUGGGCCUCUUCCAGCACCAUGAUGCCAUCACCGGCACGGCCAAGGAGGCCGUCGUGGCAGACUAUGGCGUCAGGCUCCUGCGCUCCCUUGUCAACCUGAAGCAGGUCAUCAUCAAUGCAGCUCACUAUCUGGUGCUGGGGGACAAAGAGACCUACCACUUCGAUGCCGAGGCACCCUUCCUCCAAAUGGAUGACACCCGCUUAAAUCACGACGCCCUGCCGGAGCGCACAGUGAUCCAGCUGGAUUCCUCACCUAGGUAUGUGGUGCUCUUCAACCCCCUGGAACAGGAGCGGCUCAGCGUGGUGUCCCUGCUGGUCAGCUCGCCCCGGGUGCGUGUCCUUUCAGAGGAGGGUCAGCCCCUGGCUGUGCAGAUCAGCGCACACUGGAGCUCUGCCACCAACAUGGUCGCUGAUGUCUACCAGGUGUCUGUGCCCAUCCGCCUGCCGGCCCUGGGCCUCGGCGUGCUGCAGCUGCAGCUGGGCCUGGACGGGCACCGCACCCUGCCGUCCUCCGUGCGCGUCUACCUGCAAGGCCGGCAGCUGUCCGUCAGCCGGCAGGACGCGUUCCCUCUGCGCAUCAUCGACUCGGGCGCCAAUGACUUCGCCCUCAGCAACCGCUACAUGCAGGUCUGGUUCUCAGGCCUCACCGGGCUCCUCAAGAGCAUCCGAAGGGUGGAUGAGGAGCAGGAGCAGCGGGUGGACGUGGAGUUCCUCAUCUAUGGCACCCGCGCGUCCAAAGACAAGAGUGGAGCCUACCUCUUCCUGCCUGAUGGGGAGGCCCAGCCCUACGUCCCCAAGGAUCCCCCCGUGCUGCAUGUCACCGAAGGCCCUUUCUUCUCCGAGGUGGUUGCCUACUACGAGCAUGUCCGCCAGGUGGUCCGGCUAUAUAAUCUGCCAGGGGUGGAGGGGCUGUCUCUGGACAUGUCAUCCCUGGUGGACAUCCGCGACUACAUCAACAAGGAGCUGGCCCUGCGCAUCCGCACAGACAUCCACAGCCAGGGUGCCUUUUUCACGGACCUCAAUGGCUUUCAGGUGCAGCCCCGGCGCUAUCUGAAGAAGCUGCCCCUGCAAGCCAACUUCUACCCCAUGCCAGCCAUGGCCUACAUCCAGGAUGCACACAACCGCCUCACACUGCACACCGCCCAGGCCCUGGGCGUCUCCAGCCUGCACGAUGGCCAGCUGGAGGUGAUCCUGGACCGACGGCUGAUGCAGGACGACAACCGGGGUCUGGGCCAAGGGCUCAAGGACAACAAGAGAACCUGCAACCAUUUCCGCCUCCUGUUGGAGCGGCGAACCCUGGGCAAUGAGGUCCAAGAUGGCCGCUCCACCAGCUACCCGUCCCUCCUCAGCCACCUGACCUCCAUGUACCUGAAUACCCCAGUGCUUGCCCUGCCUGUAGCCAAGAGGCAGCUCCCAGGCCCCAGUCUGCGCUCGUUUCAUCCCCUGGCCUCAUCUCUGCCCUGUGACUUCCACCUGCUCAACCUGCGUACGCUGCAGGCCGAGGAGGAUACCUUGCCUUCGGCGGAAACUGCGCUCAUCUUACACCGCAAGGGUUUCGACUGUGGCCUUGAGGCCAAAAACUUGGGCUUCAACUGCACCACAAGCCAAGGCAAGGCGGCCCUGGGGAGCCUCUUCCACGGCCUGGAUGUGGGUUUCCUGCAGCCGACCUCCUUGACGUUACUGUACCCUCUGGCCUCACCCUCCAACAGCACUGACGUCUAUCUGGAGCCCAUGGAGAUCGCCACCUUCCGCCUCCGCUUGGGCUAGGGCUUCCUGUGGCCUGAAGAGAAAGCUCAUCCACAGAGACUGCCUCUUACACAAGGUCGGGUUGGACAAACCGGACGGGAAUCCUGUCCCGAUCUACCUCUCAGAACUGUGACACGCUGGGCUCCGCCCUCAUUUUCCGUUUCUCGUUGCUUCUGUGUCCGGUGGCAGCCCCAAGCCCCGCGUCGGGUAGACGGGGCAGAUGCUAGUGAGAUCGUGGCAAGAGGGCCCUGGGUCAGAGUGCGCAGUGCCGGCCUCAGCUUUGGGCUAUGAGUGGCGCCCAGUUGGGCACAGGCUCAAGCACCCAUCGUCGUCCCAUAAUGGGAUGGAGGAGAAGCAGGGUCAGAACAGCUAGGGGAGGCUGAAUGGGUAGCAGCCCAGCGCCGGGGGUCACUGGGGGCAGGACCUGGCUCUAGGGGGACCCUCCGGUUACGGAGGGACUGCUUGUCCGGAUGUGACCAGCAGGACCUGAGUGACGGCCGGGAGGAGGGGGAUGGGGACCCGGAGUUAGCACUGGGGCGGCGGAGGAAUCCCUGCUUUCUGUGACCAUUCCGC